GUGUACAUCUCUUUCACUUUCUUCUCCCCACCUUCCUGUAACCCCAUUCUCCUCAUCAUCUAAUCACCCUCAAUCACAAACAUGGCUCAAUCCAUGCUCCUGUCCACCGGAAUCCAUUACGAGAACCUUCCGCAGAGGUACGUCAGACCGAUGUCCGAACGGCCGAGGCUCUCCGAAGUUGUUUCAGAGGAUGUUCCGAUAAUUGACUUGGGUUGCCAUGACAAGGAAAAAGUUGUCCGCCAGAUCGGCGAUGCUUGCAAGUCUUAUGGGUUCUUUCAGGUUACAAACCAUGGGGUGUCCAUGGAAUCCAUGCAGAAGACGAUGGAAGUGGGCCGUGAAUUCUUUCAUCUACCAGUGGAAGAAAAGAUGAGAUUUUACUCCGAGGAUCCAUUGAAGAAGAUAAGAUUAUCGACGAGUUCUAACGUAGCAAAGGACACGGUUGGAAACUGGAGAGACUAUCUUCGGCUUCAUUGUCACCCUCUGGAGGAAUUCGUGCAUGACUGGCCUUCUAAUCCAUCUUCUUUCAAAGAUGUUGUGAGUGCAUAUUGUAAAGAAAUUCGACAGCUAGGGUUCAUAAUAAUGGAAGCCAUCUCCGAGAGCUUGGGCUUAGAGAAGAAUUACAUCAAAAUGGUGAUGGGUGAACAAGGCCAUCACAUGGCCAUAAAUUACUAUCCACCAUGUCCUGAACCUGAGCUCACCUAUGGAUUGCCGGGCCACACCGAUCCGAAUGCUGUCACCAUCCUUCUCCUAGAUGAACAAGUAGCCGGCUUGCAGGUUCUCAAAGACGGCAAGUGGAUUGCAAUUGAUCCAUGCCCUAACACACUCGUGGUGAACUUGGGUGACCAAAUACAGGCACUGAGUAAUGGAAGGUACAAAAGCGUGCGCCACAGGGCCAUUGUCAACUCAAACAAAGAACGAAUUUCAGUAGCAUCGUUCCUUUGUCCAGCCAACGACGCAAUCAUCAGCCCGGCGAAACAGCUCAUAACUGAUGAAUCUCCAGCCAUGUACAAGAACUUUACAUAUGAUGAGUACUAUAAGAAGUUUUGGACCCGGAACUUGGAGAAGGAGCCGUGCCUGGAGCUUUUCAAGGGAUGAAAGUAUCACAGCUUGAUUUCUCUUUAUAGAAUUGGGCUUAUCAUCAUUUAUAUUACUCAAGAAUAAUAGAUAAAAUAAAGGGUGCUCGAAUAAGUAGUUGUGAGUGCCUUACAGAUUCACAUGUGAAAACUAUGCAAGUCCUGUAGUCAAAACUCAUGGUUGUAAUUGAUGAUGUAUGUGAAAUUUGUAUCUUUUAAAUUGAUGAUUUGAUGUCAA